AUGUCCUUCUUGAAGUCUGCCAAAUCGAUCAUCCCUACUCUGGACAGAAUUCUCGUCCAGAGAGUCAAACCUUCCCAAAAAACCGCCUCUGGAAUCUACAUCCCAGAAAAAAACCAGGAGAAGCUCAACAUCGCCAAUGUGAUUGCUGUUGGUCCAGGUAUUACCAACCCAAACGGUGAACUGACCAAGGUGAGUGUCAAUGCUGGUGACAAAGUUCUUAUCCCACCAUUUGGCGGUGCCAAUGUCAAGGUUGGAGAUGAGGAGUACCUGAUUUUCAGAGACUCUGAUCUGCUUGCCAAGAUCGAGGAGUGA